AUGUCUUCGUCGCGGGGCUUUAACGACCAUAAUGGGGGUAGCUCCAAGCCACCUUCCCUUUCCUCCAGUUCCACUGGUCCUGCAAAGAAGGCUGCUUUCGCAUUCCAGUCUCGAGGACGCCCCUCUGAUCCUCUAGCCAACAAGAGUCGCUCCUUGGCCCGUCGCCCACAUCACCUCGACCAUGACGAUGAUUCCUCUGACGAAGAGCGAGCACCCGAACAUGAAGAAAUCGCCGGCUUCGAUACGCUUACCGGUGGCCAAAUCACUGCUGAUGGCCAAGCUGUAAGCAAUGCGAAACAACCACUCGUGAUUCCAGUAACGAGUAAGAACAAUUGGCGCGAUCGACCGGGCACAAAUGUAAAGAAGAGCAAGAAAAAUUUGCUACCACAAGAAGUGCAGGCGAUGCAAGAGGCGCAAAAGAACGGACAGGCCCCACCAGGAGGAGCUGUGGAGACUGAAGGCCCGAGCAUGGCUUAUGGUCUCAGCUUUGCCCAAAAGCCCUCUGAGCAGGAUGGGAAGGACUCGACUGCUAAAGAGGACCAACCUAUGCCCGAUGCGCAACCAAUUUCCACUGAAAACCAGAAGCCUCUUACGGAAGACCAAAUAGCCUUGCAAGCUUUGCUUCGGGAGACUACCGGUGAAGUAGAGCGCCGGACAGACCUCGUGAUUGAAUCUUUCAAGCCUGGCGAAGAUGAGGAACCUUUCAGACGCCACGACGAGACCAGCUCUUUCCGAUCAGAUGUGGCUUCUCGACCCGAACCCGCUACCUUGGAUCAAUACAACGCUAUCCCCGUGGAAGAAUUUGGAGCUGCUCUAUUGAGAGGAAUGGGAUGGAAGGAUGGUCAGUCUAUCGGACGGGGUGAUUACAGUUCCGCCACAGCUGCGAAGAAAGCAAAGAAUCCUGGUGUUCCAGAACGACGACCUGGGUUCUUGGGAAUCGGUGCUAAGGAUUCUGGAAAGGGCGCUGAAGUGGAGCUUGGUGCUUGGGGGAAGUCAGCCAUGCGCAAAGCAUCAAGGAAACAGGGCGAAGAAAAUGCAGAUGGCAACGUUGAAGGUGUCUAUAUGCCUGUUACUAUGCGGAACAAAAAGACUGGUGAAUAUAUCACCGAGGAAGAGCUCGCCGACCUGAAGGAGUCCUCCAAGUCCCAAGUCGAUAAAGACGACUGGCGCGAGAGAAGAGAUCGAAAUUUGGAGAAGAGCGGGCGUGAAGGGGACCGGGAUCGCGAAUACCGUAAACGCGACUACGACGAUGACAGGUCUGAUCGAAGGAAUGGUUCCUCGCGCCGUGAUCGAAGUUCAUCUGCUGGCCGCCAUUCAUCUAGACGCUCAAAAUAUAACGAUGAUGAUGACCGCCGGAGAGAUGAUCGCUCUCAUCGCGACCGAGACCGCGAACGUGACCGUGAUAGAGAGCGCCGUCGAGAUCGCGAGGAUGAUAAGGAUUCUCGCAAGGAUCGUGACCGUGAGCGGGACCGAGACAGGAAAUACCGAGAUGAUCGGUAUAGCAGCUCGCGACACUCGUCUCAUUCAUCUCGCAAUGACCGUGAUCGCGACCGUGACUCUCGUCGCAGCCGGCGAGACGAUUAG